AAGGAUUUUGCCUCCAUCAACAGAAAGUUGGGGUGAUAACCUUUUGGAAUUCAGCCUACAGCUUCCUCUUUGACGAUUUGCUCACUCCUGGUUUGCACUCUCUCCCCGAGGAAGGGCUGAUACUUAAGAGGGUUCAUAUAUCCUGAGGAAUUCAGUGCACAAAGAUUUUGCCGGCACCUUAGUGUCACUCAUGAUGUACAGCUUCAUGGGAGGGGGCCUGUUUUGUGCCAUUGUGGGAAACAUCUUGCUGGUGGUCUCGACAGCAACAGACUACUGGAUGCAGUACCGCCUGUCGGGCAGCUUUGCCCAUCAGGGCCUGUGGAGGUACUGCAUGUCUGGCAAAUGCUACAUGCAGACUGACAGCAUUGCUUACUGGAAUGCCACUCGAGCUUUCAUGAUCCUGUCCGCCAUGACCUGCUUUGCUGGCAUCAUCGCAGGAAUCCUCUCCUUUGCUCACUUCUCUGCUUUUGAGAGGUUCAACCGCUCAUUUGCUGCAGGCAUCAUGUUCUUUGUUUCAACUCUCUUUGUCCUGCUUGCAAUGGCCAUUUACACGGGAGUGACGGUGAACUUCCUGGGCAAGCGUUUUGGUGACUGGCGUUUCUCUUGGUCCUACAUACUUGGCUGGGUGGCUCUGCUCAUGACCUUCUUUGCAGGUAUAUUCUACAUGUGUGCCUACAGAAUGCAUGAGUGCAGAAGAGUGGCAGGCCCACGUUGAAACAAGCAGGAAAUGACACUUCAAAGCAAAAAGCAAGAAAGGAAAACCCCACUGAUGUCAUUAGAAAACUUUUUGAGGACAAAUAAAAUCAGGAUGUUUGCAGAUAUCA